AUGUCAAGUGUCUCUUUGCAGAUCAGCCCUGUGUGGGACCCUGAUGGUUUUGCCCACCUCUGCGGUGGUACCAUUGUCUCUCCGUAUUGGGUCAUGACCGCUGCCCACUGCAUCAUAGCAACCGAGGGGAAAAUGUACCGAGUGGCUUUGGGAGAGCACGACCUCUACGAGGAUGAAGGCACCGAAAAUUACGUCGACGUGAACUACAUUUACCUUCAUCCUUACUGGAACCCCACUGACCUGACGCUCGGCAACGACAUUGCCUUGCUGCACUUGGCCGAUCCAGUGUCUGAGGACUCAAACAUUGAGAUCGCGACACUGCCAACUCCUGGAGACACAUUGCCGAGUGGUCACCCUUGCUACAUCACUGGCUGGGGGUUAAUCCAAGCCGGGGGUAACGCAGCGAUCCGCCUGCAGGAGGCGCUGCUCCCCGUGGUAGACCACGCCACGUGCUCGAGGGACGAAUGGUGGGGCUCCGGUGUGAACCAGCGAAUGAUCUGCGCUGGAGGAGACGGUUCAAAGGCCGGCUGUCACGGGGAUUCGGGGGGGCCUCUUAACUGCGAGGGAACCGAUGGCUCCUGGGUGGUCCAGGGCAUCGUCAGCUUUGGCCCAGGAACGUGCAACAUUUAUCAGAAGCCAACGGUCUUCACCAGAGUGUCUGCAUACCUGGACUGGAUCAAUGAGGUGGUCGCUAGUAAAUGAUGGUGACGGGAGUCUGACUGAGCGGCGAGAGCUGGGAGGCUGAGAGACCCACGAGAU